AUGUCCUUUUUACUGUUUCUUUCAUUCUCCUUUGUUCGUCUCCUAAUUGACAGUUUCUCACUUCCCGACUCUAACCAAUCUUUAACUUGUACGACUCGCUCCGUAUUUCACUAUCUCCGCCAUUUCUCUUUCUUUCCUUUUUCAUUUCUCUCUAUCCAUCUCUAUCCAUCUCUCUCUGUCUCUCUCUCCCUCUCUCUCUGUCUUAAUGCUUUCCGAGCGUAUCUUAUUUUUAAAAUCUUUCUUUCUCUUUAUGUAAUUCUCUCACACACUCGCUCUCCUUAUCUCCCUCUCUCUCUCUCUCUCUCUCUCUCUCUCUAUCUAUCUAUCUAUCUAUCUAUCUCUCACUCUAUAUAUAUGUCUAAUUUCUUCUCUUAUUAUUUCUCUUUCUUUUGCUCUCCUUCCUUCUCUCUCAUUUUUCCAACUUUCUUCUCUAAAAUUCUUUCUCUCUCCUUCCUUCUCUCUCAUUUUUCUCUCUCUUUCUUUCUUUUUUCUCGUUCUUUCUCUCUACUUCUUUCUGUCUUGUUCUUUCUCUCUCCUUCCUUCUCUCUCAUUAUUUCUCUCUCCAUUCUCAUUCUUUUUCUCUCUUUCCUUCUCUUUCAUUCUCUCUCACCCCUUCAUUUUCUCUUAUUCUUUCCCUCCCCUUCUCCAUUCCCUCUCGUUGUUUCUUUCUUUCUUUCUUUCUUUCUUUCUUUCUUUCUUUCUUUCUUUCUUUCUCCUUCCUUCUCUUUCAUUCUUUCUUUCUUCUUUCCAUUCUUUCUCUCUCCUUUCUUGUCUCUUAUUAUUUCUCUUUCUUUUGCUCUACUUCCUUCUCUCUCAUUCCCCCUUCUCCUCCCUCAUUCUUUCUUUCUCCUAUCACUGAUGUUUUUUAAUCUUUUCCUACACUUAACAUAUUACUGUUUUUCUCUCUUUCAACACGCACUCUCUAUAUAUCUCUAUCACCUGACAUCUCAACGCGCAAACACUUGCUUUCACAAUGUCUAA